CUCUCUUAGAGCUGUUGCCGUGUUAUCUUCUGCUCACGAUGCUAAUCAGAGCACCUGUUGUCCCAGCAUGCUUUGCGUGUCCAAUAUGGAGGACCUGGCGGUGGAGGUUCGUGGUUCCAACGGGGCUUAUUACGAGGGCUUUAUCAAAGAUGUCCACGACAAUUCUCUCACCAUUGCCUUUGAGAACAACUGGCAGCCAGAACGCCAGGUGCCCUACAGUGACGUCAGGAUGCCGCCUCCCGCUGACAUAAAGAAGGAGAUUGGAGAGGGUGAGGAGGUGGAGAUUUUGUCCAGGGCCAAUGAACAGGAGCCUUGUGGGUGGUGGCUGGCUAAAGUCCGCAUGAUAAAAGGAGAUUUUUUUGUGAUUGAGUAUGCAGCCUGUGAUGCCACCUACAAUGAAAUAGUGACGUUUGAGCGUCUGCGCGCAGUCAACACAAACAAAACACUCACCAAGUCCUCCCUUCACAAGUGCACCGUCCCUGUUCCUCAGGAUCUACAAGAAGCGUGCCAGAAUGAGCAUGCCCAUAAGGACUUUAAGAAAGCUGUGGGGGCCUGUCACGUCUCAUACUGUCCUGAGACCAGCCAGCUCAUCGUAGUGUCCACCAAUGAGACAACUGUGAAGCGUGUGUCUCUGCUGAGUGACAUGCAUCUGCGCGGUCUCAGGACCAAGUUGCUGCUGAUGUCGCGCAACCAGGAAGCUACAAAACACCUGGAGAGCUCCAGGCAGAUGGUGUCUUGCUUCCAAGAGGAGUUUAUGGUCAGACCGGACCUGAUGGGUCUGGCAAUUGGCAGCCACGGCAGCAACAUCCAGCAAGCACGCAAAGUCCCAGGAGUGACUGCCAUUGAGCUGGAGGAAGAGACCGGAACCUUCAGGAUAUAUGGGGAGACAGCAGAGGCAGUGAAAAAGGCCAGGAAUUAUCUGGAGUUCCUGGAGGAUUCUGUCCAGGUUCCCAGGAACCUUGUGGGUAAAGUGAUCGGGAAGAAUGGUAAAGUCAUCCAGGAGAUUGUGGACAAGUCCGGUGUGGUGAGAGUAAGAAUAGAAGGAGACAAUGACACCAAGCAGCCCCGACAGGAGGGGAUGGUUCCAUUCACCUUCGUCGGUACCAAGGAGAGUAUUGGGAAUGUGCAGGUCUUGCUCGAGUACCACAUCUCUUACCUCAAAGAGGUUGAGCAGCUCCGCCUGGAGCGGAUGCAGAUUGAUGAACAGUUGCGUCAGCUCACCCAGGGUCACCGACCAGCCGACAGGGAGAGAGAGCGGCAAGAAAGAGGAGGAGGGCACAAUACAGACAAUAGCAGCAACACGUCCUCAUCCUCCUUCCAUGGCAGUCGCUCUUACAACAGCCGGGGCCGAGGACACAGAGGCCACGGCUACAGCACCGGCUAUGGCACCAACUCAGAGCAGUCCAACGCCUCUGAGACAGAUUCAGAGCGCAGGGACGAGCUCAGUGACUGGUCUCUGGCUGGAGAGGACAAUGACAGGGAGAGGGAAAGAGGUCCACGCCCACCGAGGGACAGCCGCAGGAGACCAGGACCCACCAGAGGACGAGGAGGACGGGGCAGAGGAGCCAGAGGAGGAUACACCACCAGUUCUGCAGGGCCUCGGGACCAUGAGGACAACAAUGCCUACGGCUCUCUGGAGACGAACACUGAAACAGACCAGACAGCUGACACGGAUGCCAGUGAGUCCGCUACGCCUGCUAACCGCCGCCGAAGAUCGCGGCGUCGCAGAACGGAUGAGGACACGACCCUGAUGGAUGGCAUGAGUGAAUCGGAUAAUGCUUCAAUGAGCGAAAAUGGAAUAGAUGACCCAGAAGCUAAACCUCAGCGUCGUAACCGUAGUCGACGUCGUCGCAUUCGCCCACCUGAGGAGAGGCAGCCAGUGACCGUGGCUGACUACAUUUCCAGGGCAGAGUCUCAGAGUCGCCAGAUGACCAACAAAGACAUCGGGAAAAACAAGGACAUGGAUCAGGUGGACACCAUCGCUGAACACAGCCCCCAGUCUCCUCCAGUGUCACCCAACCGCUCCAGUGGCAAAGUCGCCGAGUACGAGGACGACGGUGCCUCCAAACCACCCAAAGCCUCCCACACAGAAGAGUCUACUCCGCAAGCUGUUGUUAAUGGACUUUCGUAGUCCCUCCCCUAAAAAGGAAAUGGUUUCAUCUAUUUGUUGGUGAUUGAAGCUCCACCUCUUGCCAUUUAAAACACAAGCACUGUUCCUUUUAUGACACAAAUAUUUGAAACCUGGUCCCGUACGUACUCUUUGGUCUGCACCUUAGCGCCGCCUUCUCACAAUCACACGCACUGCCCGACUUAAAAUUACAACUUGUCUUUUUUUUUAUUUAAACAAUAGAUCUUCCUAUAUGAGCUUGCCAAAGACAAACAGAUGAAAUUGUAUCUUCAGUGUUGUACUUUUCAGUCUGCUCGCCUGUCAGUUAGACCACUCAAGCCCAUGCUGUAGUAUUGAUGCUGUCAUUUUCAGGAUUUCACAAAAACAUCAGCUCGGACUCAAAGAAAGACGGUUUUUUUGUUUUUUUUUUGUCUUUGAUGUUCUGUGUCAGCAGUACCGUAGUGCCAAUGGGUUUGUGGGAAACCAGAGUAUGUUUGACGUAUGCGUCAUCAGCUGUUGUGCCUUGAGAGUGGAUUGAACAUGUUUUCUGAAAACCUUUUCGCUUGUCUGUGUGUCGCCUGCUACAGUGGAAGCACACGUGCUAAAUCUUCCCCAGUGGCGCUGGAGCAAACGCCGAGGUUUCUGAAGAAAAUCUUUUUAUAUCAGGUGUGUGUUUUCUUGUCAGUUAUGUAUUUGUUGAGGUUAGUUGCUUUCUGUUUCUCAAUAUGCAAAACCACUUUGGACAUAAGAGGAAAUACGACGGUGUGUCCAGGAAAGAUGAGAGGAGUCCUUUUCUUUGCACUGAGACCAUUUUGCUGUUACGCAGAAUUGUAAUUAAUUAUGGAAACUGGUUUGUUAACCAUUUUGAGAUGGACAGAAAUGUAAUGAUAGGUUUCUCUGGAAAUAUCUCAACCAUCGAAACACUGGGCCGGUGUAUGUUGGAUUUUUUUUUAAACUUCGAUGGCAAAAAUCCUUUGUGAUCAUUUGGAUGUUUCAGGAAAACUGAGCCCACAUAAGGAUGUCAUGGUUCUUCCUCAGCCUGACUGGAAACUGGUCCUGACUGUUCCACUAAAGAGAUUUAUUUGGUUUAUUUAUUUAAUGAUUUGUACAGUAUUUAAAAAAAAAAAAAAGAAAACCACACAAAAAAGAACAUUUUCUUGACACUAAAUUUUCUUAAGCGAAAUGAAAAUUUGGACUACUGAGUUGUGAAAUCCCAAAUUUUUUUUGUUGGGUCAAGUAAACAGUUUUUGUUUUUUAAGGAUUGUUCUGGUUGGUUGAUGUGCAAUAUGUUUUGUAUGCAAGUAGUUCUUAAAUAAAACUGAUCUGUGUAGAUCUAAAUCACAA